CUUCCUUCCCUCCGUCCAUCCCGGAGGGCGUCGUGGAGGCGGCGCCCGGCGAUGGAGGAGGCGCAGCGUCCCCGGUCUCAGACGGUGACGACCACCGCCAGCUCCGCCACCGACCACUUCUCCACGGCCAGCGCCAGCUUCGCCUACGACAGGGAAUUCCUGCGCACCCUGCCCGGACUCCUCAUCCUGGCCGAGAUCGUUUUCGGGCUGUUGGUAUGGACACUAAUAGCUGGAACAGAAUACUUCCGAGUUCCUGCAUUUGGCUGGGUGAUGUUUGUGGCUGUAUUUUACUGGGUUCUUACAGUCUUCUUCCUAAUCAUCUAUAUGACAAUGACCUACACCAGGAUUCCCCAGGUGCCAUGGACCACGGUGGGACUGUGCUUUAAUGGAAGUGCCUUUAUUUUAUACCUCAUUGCCGCCAUUGUAGAUGCAUCUUCGGUUACUAAAGAGCAGGACAGCCACAACUACAACAGUUGGGCAGCUUCUUCGUUCUUUGCCUUCAUGGUUACAAUCUGCUAUGCUGGAAAUGCCUAUUUCAGUUUUAUAUCAUGGAGAUCCAGGACUGUUCAGUGAAUGCCAUUUGACCAUUUCAAAACCAGUAUCAUUGUAAAAGCAGCUGUAGGUAUAAUGUAUAUUUCAAGACACUGUGUAUGACAAAUGUUUUUGUACACUUAGAGAAAUUUUAUAGAAAUGGUUUCCUUCAAUUAAACUCUGUACCAGGCACCCUUGCCUCUAUCAUAGUUUACAAUCUCUGGAGGAUGCUGCAAAUUUCAUAAAUCGAAUUUUCUUAGUAUAAAUGUAACAGAAAUGCUUAGGAAAAUGAACUGUCAAGUCUGUAACCCUAGCUUUGAUUAAAUGUUUUGAUAAUUUGAUUAAAUGUUACGAAACCACAAGUGGCAUUCAUUGAUUUCUAAUAGGUAAACGAUGCGGGAAAAUUGGAGCACUGGAGAGUCUUUAUGUUGUGGCAGUAUCUCUUUAUACUUUUUGUUUUUAAGCACGCAUGAGGCAGUAGGAUGGAAUACGCUGAAGCAGGGGGGCAUGCAUCCCCUUUAACACGCUGGAUACCUCUCUCAGAUCUACAAGACCAGCUGGGCAGUAGCCUGUUUGAGUGAGAGGGGCAGAUGAUGUUGAAGCCCUGCACCCUAACAAUGCCACACAUCUUCUUUCCUUUUCCUGCUUUCCUUCUUCACCCCUAAUCAGUAGUGUUUGAAUUUUAAAGCCCUGAAUCUAGAACUGCUUUGAACCCUGGGUGACAGGUGGGAAGAGGAUUGAAAAAUGCUUACUGCUUCUGUACACUGAUAUAGUCUCCCUGCUGUUAGCUUGGAACAUUACCAUCUGUGAUCUGUAAAGUUUUGUGACUUUGUAAAUGCGUAUUAAUAAAGUGGUAUUUAAGCA